AUGGCAUCAAAGGGGUUCAAAGUAUUUGUGGAGUUGAUUACGGUAAUUGCGUUUGCUAUAAACUGUUUUGUUUAUUACUAUCCUGACAUUGUCAAUGACACUUCCAAAUGUAACUGGCAUAAGUUUGAUGAUACACCCAUCGCUUCAAAGUAUGAUAUCCUAAAUGAAAAAGUGCCCCCUCAUAUCCUUGAGAAGUUAUUAUUGAACUUCCCACAAUUACGUGAGCAUGCAGAUAACCAAUCACCCUAUGAGAAUGACAACAUGACCAAGAUUAAAGAUAUUCACAUGUUGACCUUUGGUGAUCCUCAAAUUAACGGCAAUUGGCCUCUGACUAAAUACAUCAAAAGACUAGACAAUUUUGGUAAUGAUUACUAUUUGGGUCACAUUUACAAUGUCAUGAAGAGACGAUUAAGUCCAAGUCAUGUGGCUGUGAUGGGAGACUUAUUCUCAUCGCAAUGGAUAUUGGAUUCGGAAUUUUAUAAUAGAACUUAUAGAUUUGUUGAACGGUUAUUUCCUAGACCCUUGGAGUAUAAACAGACUGUUAUUGACACUUACGAAAAGCAUGAGAAUUGUGAUUGGAAUGCAUGGUUGGCCCAAGAAAUGGCGUUGGAUCCAGAAGCAAGAUUUACCAGUAGAGACUAUAAUGAUGUUUAUGAUUGGGUGCAUCCGGAAAACAAGUAUCCUAAUUUUGAAAACCCCUUGUUUAUAAAUUUGACUGGUAAUCACGAUAUCGGAUAUAGUGGUGAUGCUACUUGGCAACAUAUGGCCAGAUUCCAUUUAUUAUUUGGUCAAAAUAACUAUGUGAUAAAUUACAACAAGGGAACUCCUGAAGAAUGGAGAUUGGUCGUAUUGGACUCCUUAACCUUGGAAGGACCUGCAUUACAGGAAGAAUUUAUCGGAUUCACUUGGUCAUUCUUGCAUCAUCUUCGUGAUCGCGAAAACCCUAACUUUAGCGGUUCCACUGUUUUGCUUACUCAUAUUCCGUUCUAUAAAGUUGCUGGAUUAUGUCGUGAUGGACCAGAACAUAUCUAUUACAUCGAUAAUGAAAGAGAACCUUAUAAGAAUGGGAAUUUAAGAUCUCAAAACCAUUUAUCUUACAACACAACUCAAGAAGUAUUGGACAUUAUUUUCCCAAACAAGGAUCAAAAUGGGGUGGUUUUAACAGGUCAUGAUCAUGAAGGCUGUGAUAGCUGGUAUAACAAAGUUAAUGGAGAAUGGGUUGCAUCCAAGGACAAAACCAACACCGAACGGGAAUCAAUUCGUGAAAUUGUCGUUAGAUCGAUGAUGGGCGAUUUUGAUGGACAAACUGGUGUUUUCACUG